AUGGGGCUGUUCUACAGCAAGAGCCAGACAGAACCGUCUCCAUGCAACUUGCUCACUGUAAAAAUCAUACAGAUGAAAAAUGCCAGGAAAGCAGACUUGUUAAGUCAGUCUGAUUGCUAUGUGAGCCUGAGCCUGCCAACAGCUUCAGUGCAGCACUUCCGCACCAAGACUGUCCAGAACAGCAAGAACCCAACAUGGAACGAGACCUUCCACUUCACGAUUCAGAGCCAGGUUAAGAACAUUCUGGAGCUUAAAGUUUGUGAUGAGGACAAAGUAACUGAAGAUGACCAUCUUCUCACUGUUUUCUUUGACGUCUCUAAAAUCCAGCUUGGAGAAAACAUUCAGCUAAGUUUCCAGCUGAAUCCAAAGGGAAAAGAGGAGCUGGAGGUUGAAUUCACAAUGGAAAGCAGUCCAGAUCCUCCUGAAAACAUUAUUACUAACGGAGUUCUAGUGUCCCGUGAGGUUUCCUGUUUGGACGUGCAGGUGAACGAUGGGAGGCUGAGGAAGGACGCUAUGGAGAGGAAGUUUGCAUUAACUGUGGACGGGUCGUAUGAAGGAACCCAGACGCACACGCUGAGCUCCUGCCUGUGCCCGACGUCCCCAGCCAGGUUCCACUACAUCAAGUACAACCAGUCGGCGCUCACUGUGGCUCUGCCGCGGCGCAGACGGCUCAGCAGGUCUAUUUCAAGCCAAAAUGAAAGGGAUAUGAACGAAUCUGUGACUCUACCUCUGAACUCGCUUCCUAUACAAGAGCAAAUAGCAAUAGGAGAGGACAGGACAAUUGACUUGUACGCAAAGGCAAGUGAAUGGACUCAGGGUCUGUGUUUCAGACCAAGAAACCUUGAUGCCCGCCUGGGGUUUGACCUCUGCACAGAUGAACAGAAUUUCCUGCAAAACCGAAAGAAAGUAGUUGCUGCUGCGCUAAAGGAUGUUCUUCAUCUGGAGGAAGAUCUGCAAGAGCAUGAGGUGCCUAUAGUGGCUGUGACCACAGCAGGGUGUGGCAUAAGAGCACUCACUGCCAUGUAUGGCAGCAUUUUGGGUCUCCAAAAGUUGCGUGUUCUGGAUUGUGUUUCAUACAUCAGUGGUUCAUCUGGCACAACAUGGACAAUGACAAAGCUAUAUGAAGAUGCUGACUGGUCACGUAAGGAUCUUGGGGAAGUAAUUAUUGAAGCACGGAAGCAAGCAGCCAAGUGCAAGAUGGGGGCUUUUUGCUUGAAAAGUCUGAGGAAUUAUUACAGAGAGCUGAGCCAAAGGACCCAAGCAGGACAUAAAACCUCUUUUAUUGAUCUGUGGGGGCUCAUGAUUGAAGCCAUGUUAAAUGAUGGGAAAACCCACCACAGACUUUCUGAUCAACGUCAGGCAGUGAACCAAGGUCAGAACCCGCUGCCCAUCUACCUUGCCCUUAAUGUCAAGGACAAAGUUGCCACCAAAGAUUUUAGAGAGUGGGUGGAGUUCACGCCGUACGAGGUGGGCUUCCUGAAAUAUGGUGCCUUCAUUCGUGCGGAGGAUUUUGGCAGUGAGUUCUUCAUGGGUCGCCUGAUGAAGAAACUCCCUGAGUCACGAAUCUGCUUCAUGCAAGGAAUGUGGAGUAGUAUCUUCUCCAAAAAUCUCUUGGAUGCCUGGCAUGCAGCUGACAAUUCAGAAGACUUCUGGCACAGGUGGACCCAAGACAAAGUGACUGAAAUAGAGGAACAACCAGACCUGCCUGAGAAGCCAUAUGAGAUGGCUACGUGCGUUUUCACUCCUACCAGCGGCCUCUCCACGACGCUCCGGGACAUCCUGACGGAUCGCCCCGCUGUCUCCAAGUACCACAACUUCCUAAGGGGCUUCCAGAUGCACAACGAGUACAUCCAGCAUGAACACUUCACAAAAUGGAAAGACACCUUGCUCGACAACUCUCCCAAUGACCUGAGAGACAACUCGGAACACCUGGAGCUGGUGGAUGCAGCUUUCUUCUUUGAAACCAGUUACCCACCCCUUAUGAGACCAGAGCGGAAAGUGGAUGUCAUCAUACACUUAAAUUACACAGGUGGAUCACAGACAUUGCCCCUGGAGCAGGCUUGCAAAUACUUUGCAGAGCAGGAAAUUCCAUUUCCCUGCAUUGGACUGACAGAUGAUGAGAAGAACCUGAAAGAGUGCUACAUGUUUGAUGGUGCAGACACCCCAGGAGCUCCUCUGCUGCUUUAUUUUCCAUUAGUGAAUGACACUUUUCAAAGAUACGUAGCACCUGGCAUGUUACGUACCGCUGCUGAAAUGGAACAGGGCAAGGUUGAUAUCUCCAGUUUCUCCUCUCCAUACUCAACCAGGGAGGUCUCGCUGAAAGCAGAAGAUUUCAACAAGCUUCUGAAGCUGGCUAAUUACAACAUAAUGAACAACGAGAACAUGAUUCUUCAGGCCUUGCGCAUGGCUGUGGCAAGGAAGAAACAAGCCCUGAGCCAGCCAGCAUCACAGGCACAGCCCUCUGCUUGA